AUGGCCACGCCCGCUGAUCACAACAAUGACUUGAACGUCAUUUACCUCCGUAUGAGCCGAGGCCAAGUCACGACAGCUCUGAACUUCACCGCCUAUCGUCCAGGCCGUGUGGAGAUAGCAUUGAUGGAAGACGAUGAAGAUAACAUUACCUUUGCUGUGCGGCGCACAGCAGUUGUUACACGCGAUGGGAGUGAACCAACCUUUGGCGGUACUCAAUCUCACCAGCAGGCUCAAUAUGUCUCUCAGCCACUGGAGACUCAGGAGUCUCAGGAGUCUCAGCCAACAGCGUCAACUCUACCUAGUGUUGUGCAGGGCCAGGCCUGA